AUGUUCGCCAGAAUGACGCUCGCAGCCUUUACGGCAGCAGGGGCUGCUACUCUGGCACUCGCGCAAACCAACAUCACCGCCGAUGUCUGCGCAGACCCCGCCGCCUUCACCAGCUGCACAACGAAGACCCUCGCGGACAGCAAGGCAUGCAUUGAUAUGUGCAGUGGAAGCAAGAUCUGCGUCCUGGGCUGCGGAUGCGCCAUGUACCAGGGCUACAUGAACUGCGUCGCCGAAUCGUGCUGGAAUCAGGCGUACUCGUGCGAAUACGACAAGUUGGUAGCAAUGUACUUUGCGCAAUGUCCCACGGCCUCCGAACCGAUCCCCUUCUGGCCCGCGCCCGAUCACGCCCCCGGCGGCUGCUCGUGUAACCUCGGCAAGGUGCUGCAGGCGACCGUCAACGCACAGAAGGAGUUCAGCGCGUGCCUGACGAACACGAGCACCACGAACGUCAUUGAACUGAGCAAUAAGGAUACCGCGUGUGGAUGCUGCGAGGUCAGCGCCGGGUUGUCCGCGAUGUACGAGACCUGCCCGGACACCGUCCCCGCCGACAUGGGCGCAGACCUCUGGCUUCAAGCCUCGACCGUCUACGGCGCCGUUGUCCACUGGGAUUCGUGCGGGAGCGUGCUGGAUGCGUACGACUGCGGGAGUCUGGGCUUUGCGCCGCCGUCGUCCAACUCGAGCACGUUCUACAAGCCGGAUAGCCUUCCCCCGAACGGCACGCAGACGCUGUAUAAUACCGGCGCGGCGAAUGCGUUGACGGCCCCGCCGAGCGGGACGGUGUUCACCUGGUCGCAGUCCAGCGUCACGUACACCGUGACGGCGUCGCCGUGGAAGAAUAACCAGGUCAAGGCGACUGGGACCGGUAGUGCGGGGACUGCCGGGGCGACCGGCGCUGGGGCGGCCAGCGCUGCUACGACUGGGUCUACGAAGAAUGGAGCGGCUGCGUCGAGGCAGCUGUCUCUGGGGAAUCCCGCUGUCUGGAUCCCGGCGGUGGCUGUCGUCGCUAAACUUGUGCUUGACCAAUAG